UAAGAAGGGCUCAGAUUACAAUCCUCUAUUCAAUCUAGGGUACCAUGUGUAUCUGUACACCGGGUGCACGAAACAAUUACUGAACCCAUCUCCCCACGAAGGUUGAGAUCGAGGUAAAAAAGAGUCCAUCUCUCUCCUCCGAUCGAGCGUAGCUUCAACAACGUCAUGCUCCGAAUCGCGCGACACCCCACUCUCCCCCUUCCUCUCCCACCGAAACCCUGGCUCCUUUCACGAAACCCUAAUCCCCGAUCCUCCCACCUCUCCUCCUCCUCCUCCUCCUCCUCCUCCUCCGCCGCCGCCGAGGACGAUGACGACGUGGCGCGGCAGAUCACCGUCCUCCUCGGUCGGAGCGCGGGGUGGAGGGCCGUCUGCGCCGCCUCAGACCUCCCCCGCCGCCUCACCCCGGGCGCCGUCUCCGCCGCGCUACUCCGCGGCGGCGCCCUCGACCCCAAGCUCCUCCUCGACUUCUUCUACUGGUCCCUCCCCCUCCUCCCCUCCGCUCCCCUCCCCGACUCCUUCGCCCUCCUCGCGCUCCGCCUCUCCAACUGCGGCCUCUUCGGCCCCGCCAAUGGCCUCCUCGAGCGCAUGAUCAAGUCCCACCCGAACCCCCCCACCGUGCUCAAUUCGAUCGCCCAUCGCUUCUCCCAGCGCGAAGGUAACAAUCCUUUGGUGUUCGAUGUGCUUAUCGAUACUUAUAAGAAGAUGGGCAUGCUGAGGGACGCCGCAGAAGUCGUUUUGCUCAUGAAAGGCGCGAGCUUCGCGCCGAGCUUGCGGUGUUGCAACGCUCUCUUGAAGGAUCUGUUGAGGGCUAAUUUGAUGGAUUUGUUCUGGAAGAUUUAUGAUUUCAUGUUGGGAGCGAAAUUGGGUCGUGACGUGUACACUUUUAAUGCUUUGAUCGAAGCUUUUUUUAAGGUCGGGAACACGGAUUCGGCCAAAAGGGUCUUCUUUGAGAUGGAAAGCAAUGGGUGUACUCCGAAUGCCGUGACGUAUAACACUGUGAUUGCUGGGUUUUGUAGAGUCAGAGCUGUAGAGGAUGCUUUCAAGUUUAAGAAGGAAAUGGUGGAGAGAGGAUUUGUUGUGGAUAGCUUUACUUACGGCUCGCUGAUCAAUGGCUUAUGCAAAGUUCACAAGUUGGCGGAUGCACAGCAACUGCUUGAUGAAAUGUCUAGCUUAGGCAUAAAGCCGGGUAUAGUCGUUUAUAAUACGUUGAUUGAUGGGUAUAUGAGAGAAGGCAAUGUGGAUGAAGCCUCCAAGAUAAUGGAUCAGAUGAUUGCUUCUGGCGUGCAUCGAAACAAAUUCACAUUCGACAAUCUCAUUCGUGGAGCAGGCAAGAUGGGUAAGAUUGAUAAGGCCUAUGAACUUUUAAAAGAGAUGGAUAGAAUGUGUUACAAGCCGGACACAAUGACUUAUAAUUUGAUAAUAGAGGGGCAUUUUAAAGCUAAUAAUACGAAAGGGGCAUUUCUGUUGCUCGAUGAAAUGAGUAGACUAAAUGUAUCACCUAAUGUAUAUACCUACAGUGCGAUGAUCAAUGGGCUUUGCCAUUGUGGGGAAUCGAGGCAAGCCGAUGGUCUUUUAAAGGAGAUGGUUUUAAAAGGUUUGGAGCCUAACGUUGUAAUUUAUGCGGCUCUUAUUUCGGGUCAUUGUAGGGAAGGUAAUUUUUCAGAGGCUUGCCAGAUAAUAAAUAAAAUGAUUGAGAGAAAUAUUUCUCCUGAUUCAUAUUGCUAUAAUUCUCUUAUUAGCGGACUUUCUAGGGCUGGAAAAAUGGAAGAAGCUAAACAUUAUUUUGCUAAAAUGCAAGAGAGAGGGUUGUCACACACUUCAUUCACAUACGGGGCCCUUAUUCAUGGUUACAGUAAAGCUGGGGAUAUGGAGAAGGCUGACUUUUAUUUUCAGGAGAUGCUCAGUAAAGGAUUAAAACCUAAUGAUGUUAUUUAUACGACUCUCCUUGACGGUCACUGCAAAUUGAAUGACAUUGCUAAGGCCAAAUCGACACUUCAGUCCAUGUUGGCAAGGGGCAUCAUGCCAGACAUCCAAACUUACGGUGUGUUAAUUAAUAGCCUUUUAAAAAGUGGAAACAUUGAUCUGGCUUUUAAAACCCUGUCCGAGCUCGAAAAUAAAGGCUUAGUUCCUGAUGCAUAUAUCUAUAGCUCGUUGAUCGUUGCGCUUUGCAAGUCGGGUGAUGUAGAAAAAGCUUUUGGUCUUCUUGAUGAAAUGGUGAGCAAAGGUGUAGAGCCAAAUAUUGUUACUUAUAAUGCCUUAGUGGAUGGUCUUUGCAAAUUGGGUGAUGUUAAAAGUGCUAGUAAUGUUUUCAAUAACAUUUUAGAGAAAGGGCCGAUGCCAAAUAGUGUAACAUACACUAGUAUGAUUGAUGGAAAUUGCAAGAACGGUGAUAUAUGUGAGGCUUUUAGACUAUACAAUGAGAUGAUAUCAAGAGGGAUAGAGGCGGAUAAGUUUGUUUAUACAGCUCUCAUUGGCGGCUGCUCCAGUGUAGGGGACUUUGAGAAGGCUUUAGAGUUGAUUGACGUGAUGUUAGUAAAAGGGUUCGCAACUGUUGCCACAUUCAACACUUUGAUUAAUGGCUUCUGCAAGCUUGGAAAGCUACAAGAAGCUAGUAAGUUAUUAGAUCUAAUGGUGGAAAAGCAAAUACUGCCUAAUUUUGCUACCUAUUCAACUUUAUUUGCGGGAUUUGACAGGGCCGAAAAGGUAGACGAAGCAUUUCAGUUAUUUAUUCAGAUAGAGGAGAAGAACCUUAGACCGAAUGCUGUCAUUUAUAUGUCUGAAUUAUUUAAAGAUAUGGUAAAUAAAGGCAUAUUGUCUGAUAAAAUUACUGAUAGAAUAUUUCAGUUGCAUUGCAAAGAAGGAAAUGUGGUCGAGGCCUUAAAAUUGCGUGAAGCUAUUAUUGCAGGAGGCACAAAAAUUAGCAGUGCAGCAUAUUUUUUAUUGGUGGAUGGCCUUUGUAGGAUGGGGAACUUACCUGAAGCAAUUGAGUUAUUUAAUGAAAUGAAAGAACAAGAAAUCAAGCCUGACGAUGCACAAUGCCUGAUGCUACUCCGUCGUCUUUACACAAAUGGGUUUAUUGAUGAAUCCGAUAAGAUUUUGGGAAUUUUAUUAUGCAAUAAUUGGUUGCAAGAAGGCACUAAAUUGAGCGAUAUGGGAGAGGAGGAUCAGGACAUUGUGAAUGGCGAGUCGGUGAUUAAGGUGGAAGGUGUGCUUAAGGCAUGAUUAGCUGACAAGUUUGAUCUGAUCUCCAAAUCCAGUUAUGCAAUACCUAUGCUGACAUGGCACCACACUGCAUUGACAUUGACAUGAAACUUGGUAAUGGAUCCACAAGAAAAAUAUCAGAUAGAGAUUUCGAUACAAACAAUUUUUCAUGUCUCCAACUGGGAGGAGCAUCUCUGGAAAACACUUAUCAGCUCGUCUAGUCUGCAUUCAGGUGCUUUGGUGGAACUUAAUAGUGUCAUCACUGGCUUUUGUGAAGCAGCAACAAAGUAACGAGGCUUUGUUAUGAAGCAGUUGAAUCAGUGAUGGAAGCUUGCAAAUACUUGUAGGUUUCGGACGUCCUUCACUUAAAUAUAUGGAUGACAACUGGAGAGGCUAUUCUUUGCUUCUCGAUAUUGACAAACAGUUGCUGUCUCGAGAGCCGAAUUCUCCGAAAUCAUCGAGGGCAUUUAAGCUUGUCUACGUUCUCUGUCCUUUAUCCGGAAAACACGAAGAGCUGCUAUCUGCAAACAGAGUACCAGUGCAAAGGAUGAUCGCUAGGCAGGUCUUGUUUGGGAAUGCGUUCUGCACCUGCGAAUGCUUUAAUGAUUCAGAAUUGUAAAACAAUUCGAAGGCGCUACAAACCUCUGCUCCUCCGACGUUGAAAAUGGCAAUGAAAGCUGGGUGCUUAUCCUGCGGAGAUUCAACUGCCAUUUUUGCGUCUUUAUUUUAAAGUAUCGGGUAACUCCGAUGCGCCUUUCUAUUUUGUGCGACUCUAAUAAAGCAUCAACGUGAUUGCUUUUGGAAAACAAAUUUCCAGACCCGGCCUCAGUACAAUACUCAGUCUUGUUAACUAAUACAGGGAAAACAGGCCGAGUUUAAGCA